AAUCGUGUUUUACAAAAAGAAAAAUUGUGCACAACAUCAUCUUCGGGUUUACCGAAAUGGCAACAAUCUCCAAUCGAUAUUAGUCGCGUCAACGUGUGGACUAAUAAAUAUCCUGCAUUGCUUUUGACCAAUUAUUGUUCAAACGUUGGUACAGCAAUGCUUACUAACACCGGCCAAACAGUUAAUCUCGAGCUGACGAAUAGAAAUAUGCCGAUAAUGCGCGGCGGUCCUUUGAAAGAUGAAGAAUUUCAGUUUAUAAACGUACAAUUUCGCUGGGGUCCGUCUAAUUGUCGGGGCGCAGAACAUUCUAUCGACAACAUUUGGUAUUCAAUGGAGGCACAAGUUAUGCAUUGGAAUACGCGUUACGGAUCGAUAGAAAAAUGCUACGAUAAAUCUGAUGGAAUUGCAAUAGUCUCUUAUCUCAUGCAGGUAUAAUAAUGCAGGUAUAAUAGUGCGAAGAUAAAUAAUUAAGUAAAUAUCAAUAUUCUUAUUUUCGAGAUAAAUUGCCGAUCACUCGAUAAUAAUUGUUUUAUUGGGUUAUCGCACUGCAUUUAUAAAAUAUA